AUGAAGUUGAACGUCGCUACCGCCACUGUGGUCUUGGCCGUCCUCGGCUCGGCCGCCGCCGAGUCCGUUGACUACUCGAUCUACGAAUCGACCGCUAUCUCGAAGAGAGAAGCUCAACAGGUCGAAUUGACCAUCGCUAGAUUGGCCGACUUGCAAUCGAAGCGCUCGGAACUCACCUACGACGAGUUGGCGAUGCGUGAAUCGCAAAUCGUCACCGACGUGCUCACCGCCAUCAAGAACACCAACUUGGCGCCCAAGAUCAUCAAGUGGUUGGUCACCGACCCCACCCUCGGUCCCUUGGCCUCGAACUUGAUCGUCCAAUUGAUUAAGAACAAGGUCAUCAACUUGGGGGCGUUGCUUAAGGCGUUGAACGACUCCGGUCUCGCGGUGCAAGUGGUCAAGGACUUGAUCAACGACUGUUCGUUCUACGCUGACAUCUACAAGCUUGUGUGGAACAACAUCAAGAACUUGCCUCAAUUGAUCGGCGACAUCAUCAGCGGCAUCGGCAAGCGUGAAGACCUCCCCGAAGGCGGCCUCAUCGUCCCCAAGCGUGACUUGGCUCCUCGUGACUCCUCCGACGACUUGGUCACCUCGUUGAUGGAAUCGUUAAAGGACUCGGGCUUGGCCACUCAAGUGGUGAGACAAUUGAUCACCGACCAAGGCUUCUUGGAAUGGGGUGCCGACCUUAUCAAGCAAUUGUUCGAAGAAAAGGCCCUUUCGUUGUCCGACGUGUUGGACGCCGUGGUCCAAUCUGGUCUCGUCCCCUCGUUGAUCGACGGGUUGCUCAACUUCGACACCAUCAAGACCGUCAUCGUCAACGCCCUUGCCGCCGCCUUCGGCAAGUGUAACGGUUCGUCGUUGACCACCGCCUCGGCGCCUCCCCCGACCUCGGUGUCGAAUCCCUUCCCCACCGGCACCGGUACCUCGACCACCGCUGCCCCCGUCCCCACUAGCGGCGGCGGUAACCCCACCCCCACUAAGAACCCCAACCCCAACUGUAAGAAGAGAAGAAGAUCUUACAACUACAACUACUAA